CCGCUUUGAGUUCAGCCCCUUCGCCUGGAGGCUCAGGUUUAUUUGGGACCAAGGAGGAAAUCAUUCAGGAGCUGUGCGCCGUCAGGUGAAGGAAGGCUCCGUUGCGGACUCUGGGGGGUUUAAGAGAGGACCUGGAACCAGGGAUUUGACCUUUUCCGUUUAAACUCGGGUUUGUGAGGGCGACAGGGAGCCAUGGCGGUGUUCUCUGCGCUUUGGGUGCUCUUACUGUGUCAGCUUUUAACAUCUUCCUCAGCCCAGAGACCGGGCCCCAGAGGAGCCACUGGGCCACCAGGACCCCCAGGGCUGCCGGGAAAGGAUGGCACUGAUGGCAAACCUGGACCUGCUGGACUCUCUGGAAAAGCUGGUCCCAAAGGGAAAGCAGGAAUACCAGGCGCAUCAGGUAAACCAGGCCUGCCAGGACUUCCAGGGGUGGAUGGUUUGACGGGUCCCGAUGGUCCUGCUGGGAAGGAUGGACCCCCAGGGGAGGCGGGUGAUGCUGGACCUCCUGGGCCUGCUGGACCUCCUGGCAGAGGGAGACCAGGAGCCGCAGGACUACCUGGAACCAACGGGUUGCCAGGCGGAGUCGGACCUCAGGGCCCAGCGGGUGCUGAGGGUCUUCCAGGACUUCCUGGACCUCCUGGCCCUGAUGGACCACCAGGUCUUCCUGGUACUCUUCAGGACCUCAGUGGUGACCUCCUGUGUCCUGCAAUCUGCCCCCCUGGACCCUCCGGCCCCCCUGGGAUGCCAGGAUUCAAGGGUCACACAGGGCAUAAAGGAGACAAAGGAGAGCCUGGAAAGGAUGGAGAGAAGGGGGAUUCUGGUCCACCUGGGCCACCAGGUAUUCCUGGGACUGUAGGCCUGCAGGGCCCACGUGGUCUCAGAGGUUUACAAGGCCCCAUGGGAGCUGUAGGAGACAGAGGUCUACCUGGUUUCAGAGGCAAACCUGGCAUCGCUGGCAUCAUCGGAAAGACAGGUGACGCUGGAGAAAAAGGACCACAGGGCUUCAGAGGACCCAAAGGAGAAAUUGGUAAAAUCGGUCCUAAAGGAGGCCCUGGGGGAGCAGGUACCAAAGGAGAGCCUGGUAUCCCUGGCAGAGACGGUAAAGAUGGAACACCAGGAUUAGAUGGUGAGAAGGGUGAUGCUGGACGCCACGGGAUUGUUGGAGAGAAAGGACCAAUGGCCUUCCUGUAAGGUCUCCAAGGAAAGGGUGGUGCAAAGGGCUCCAAAGGAGGAGUAGGGGAUCCCGGAAAGCCUGGGGAGACAGGACCCUCUGGAGAGCCAGGUAUUCCUGGUGAUAUUGGAAUCCCAGGAGAGAGGGGGAUAGCUGGACCCAGAGGCGUGGCUGGAGGAAUCGGACCAGCAGGUAACCCCGGGCCUCAGGGAGGGAAAGGCUUCCAGGGGGUGAAAGGAGCCUUGGGGGAUCCAGGUCUUCCAGGUCCAACAGGAAUCCGUGGAGACUUCGGUGAAAGGGGCCCUGUUGGAGCUUCUGGAGCUAAGGGAGACAUGGGUGUUGCAGGAAGUGAUGGUUUACCAGGAGAGAACGGAGAACCUGGUCCCUUUGGCCCAGUUGGACAAAAAGGACAGCCAGGGAAGCGAGGUGAACUGGGACCUAAGGGCGUGACCGGUCCACAAGGGGAGCUCGGGGGAAGAGGGCUUCCAGGAAAACAAGGACCAAUGGGCUUCCAGGGGGAGCAGGGUCAGCCUGGUAUUUCUGGAAAGACAGGUGUACCUGGUAAACUAGCAAGUGAGCAGCAAAUCAGAGAGCUGUGUGGCUCAAUGAUCGAUGAUCAGAUUGCACAACUGGCUGCUAACCUUCGAAGACCUCUGGCUCCUGGAUUGGUGGGCCGCCCCGGCCCUGCUGGAUCUCCAGGAAAGACAGGAGUUGCUGGCUCUAUAGGACAUCCUGGUUCCCGUGGACCUCCAGGAUAUAGAGGUCUACCUGGAGAACUUGGAGACCCAGGUCCAAGAGGUGAUGUCGGAGAGCAAGGUGAUAAGGGAUCCCUUGGUAAAGCCAUUGAUGGGCCUGCUGGUGACCAAGGAUACCAGGGUCUUCCAGGUGUUCCUGGAAUAGUCAAAGACGGGCGUGAUGGAUCUCCAGGAGAUCCAGGUGAGCCCGGAGAGUCAGGCAGGGUAGGCAGAACUGGGCACCAGGGACCUCCUGGAAUCUGUGACACAACAGCCUGCCAAGGAGCAGCAGCCGCUGGAAAGUCCUCCAACCCCAAAAACCAUUAAAACGUGAUGUCCUGCCACCUGUCACCAUCCACCCAGGAGAGGAAGGCUGAUACGCGAGGGAAGGAAGGAGUGAAAGAAGCAAGUGAUCAUGAAAAUGUCCUCUUUAUUUAAAUACAUGCAUCACAGGAUGGGAAGAGUAACAUCAACAGGUGUGAUAUUUUGAGUGGAAUAGAGGAACAUCUGAGGAUUGGCACGAAAAAACCAGAGCAACUGAGAGACAAAAACAAGAUGACAUCAAGAAAAAAAAAAGUGGACAGAGGCGAGAGAUCUAACGCAUUGCUCCAAAUCCUACAGCAUCACAAACAAGACUUGACUUACAAACAACUGAAGAUGAAUGAUGAGUCCUUUGUGUAUAAAAACUUUGUACAUGUUGUUUCCAUGCCCCAGUUUACCUUGGUUAGCCUCCUUCUGGCAGACGACACUUUUAAAACAUCAGCGGCUGUCUCUGAAGUGAAUGUUCAUGUCUCAUGGCCCCAUUAAUGUAAAUGUCAAGUGUUACCUCAAAAUACAAACUUUCAGUGUAAAAUAUGAGAUGGUGGAAGAGGUAAAAAGAAAAGCCUCUGUCGAGGAGCUGUGUGUGAACAGUCAAAGGAAUAAAAAACAGAGAAAUUGUGUAGAUUAAUACAAAAAAAAUACUUUAUGAUAGUCUUUUUUUACAGCUUGUUUUUAUAAUUACAUGUGAAGUUCAUUCUCUAGAUUUGAGAAUCAGAAACCAAAUAAAACGUGUGGAUGCAUACAUCAGUCAUUUUAAGAUCAAUCUAAGGAGCAAAGGAAUCUGUUUGUUUUUUACCCUGCAAUGACCACAUCCACUUUGUACUACCGGUGCUGUAACUAUUAAAUAUACAUGACCUUAAAUACUAUUUAUUAUUUGUGGGUGACUGUUGUAUGUACAGUAAGAUGCUACAGCGACAUGUUGUAAGAACGAACAAAUAAAGCCACUUUUCAGUAAAACAUUA